AUCUACCCCUACCUGGAGGAUAUCCCUUAUCCAGCGGUGAACUGGAUUCCCUGCCCUGAUCCCACAAGAUUUGCUCCAGCACCGGUGCAGGAACGACUCAGCUGCAUGGCCAGGAAUAACUCCAUCUAUGUGGUUGCAAACAUCGGGGACAAGAAGCCGUGUAACUCCAGCGAUCCCGGCUGCCCCAGUGACGGUCGCUAUCAGUACAACACCGAUGUCGUCUUUGACCCGGAGGGGAAACUGGUGGCUCGUUACCACAAGUAUAAUCUCUUUAUGUCAGAAACUCAGUUUAAUUACCCAAAAGAGCCAGAAGCCGUCACCUUUGAGACCCCCUUUGGGAAGUUUGGCAUUUUCACGUGCUUCGACAUCCUUUUCCGUGAGCCUGCCGCGGUCCUGGUAAGCGAGUUGCAGGUGGACACCGUGCUCUUCCCAACGGCUUGGAUGAACGUCCUGCCAUUUCUGACUGCGGUUGAGUUUCACUCUGCCUGGGCUAUGGGCAUGGGUGUCAAUUUGCUUUCAGCAAAUACUCACAACAUCAUCUUGUCAAUGACAGGGAGUGGUAUUUAUGCACCAGACGGAGCCAGAACAUACUACUACAGUAUGAAAACUAAGGAUGGCCAUCUCCUCGUUGCUGAACUAGAUUCACACCCUCGCCUUUCUCCUGCCUUCCCACCUGCUGUCAACUGGAGCUCAUAUGCUUCAAGUGUCAAAAGAUUCUCACCGAAUAACCAUGAUUUCAGAGGACUCAUCUUCCACGACUGCUUCACUUUCACUGAGCUCACUAAGCCUGAGGGGAAUUUCACUGUUUGCCAGAAGGACCUCUGCUGUCACUUGAGCUACAAGAUGGCAGGGAAACGAGAAGAUGAAGUUUAUGUGCUAGGUGCUUUUGACGGGCUUCAUGUUGUUGAAGGACAAUACUAUCUGCAGAUAUGCACGCUGCUCAAGUGCAAGAGCACAGACCUGAACACGUGCGGGCAGCCGGUGCAGACUGCACAGACCAAGUUUGAGAUGUUCUCCCUCAGCGGCACCUUUGGCACGAACUACGUCUUUCCAGAAGUCUUGUACAGCGGGGUGCAGCUGGCCCCCGGGGAGUUCGAGGUGUUGAAUGAUGGGCGCUUGAUAAAUAAGACAAGACCAACAAAACCAAUCGUCACUGUGACGCUUUUUGGACGGUGGUAUGAAAAGGAUCAUCUGAAACAAGACCCACAACCACCAGCCUUCCCAUGAUACCAUAACUGAAGCUGUAUGCUAUUAGUCUCAUGUCCAAAUGAGAUACAGCAUCCUCUACUACAACAAUCCCAAUUAUGUAUCUUAUUUCCAGUUGCACAAACUUCUUAUCAAUGUGCUUUGUUUAGUAAUAACGCAGCAAUAUUAU